AUGCCCAUACCUAUAAAUGGAAGUGAUACAUUCAAAACGGAUAGCAAGACAGAAAAAAAUACACCGUCAUAUUUUUUAAACUCAGAAAGGAACCUAAAGAAUGUAUCUUACCACUUUAAUCCAGAGGUCAGCAGGUACCAUUUUGGACCUCAUCAUCCCAUGAAACCAUUUAGGUUACUCCUCACUGACCAUUUGAUGAUUUCAUACAAGUUAUAUGAACAAAUGGACCUUUACCAACCUCGAAGAGCUACGAAAGAUGAAUUAUUAGAAUUUCAUGCUGAGGAUUAUGUCAACUUUUUACAAACAAUCACUCCUGAAAAAGCUGCAAAGUUGAAAGGAAGCGUACUAGCUCAGUUUAAUAUUGGAGAUGAUUGUCCAGUGUUCGAUGGGAUGUAUGACUAUUCCUCAAUAUAUGCUGGCGCUUCUUUGGAUGCCACUAGAAAAUUAAUUAGUGGAAUGUCAGAUAUUGCGAUCAACUGGUCUGGUGGAUUGCAUCACGCUAAGAAAUAUGAACCUAGUGGCUUCUGUUAUGUUAAUGAUAUUGUGUUAAGUAUAUUAAACUUGUUAAGAGUUCAUCCAAGAGUGAUGUAUAUUGAUAUCGAUUUACAUCAUGGAGACGGCGUUCAGGAAGCCUUUUAUUUGACCGACAGAGUGAUGACUGUUUCAUUUCAUAAGUUUAAUGGAGAGUUUUUUCCUGGAACUGGAUCUGUUGAUGAGACUGGAAUGGGCGAUGGUAAGAAUUUUGCGGUGAAUGUUCCUUUGAGAGAUGGAAUAGAUGAUGAAUCUUACGUGAGACUAUUCAAAUCAAUUAUGGACCCAUUGGUGACAAAGUUCAGGCCAACAUGUAUAGUACAACAAUGUGGAGCAGACUCACUUGGAUUUGACAGGCUAGGAUGCUUCAAUUUGAACAUAAGAGCGCAUGGAGAAUGUGUGAAAUUCAUGAAAUCAUUUAAUAUACCAAUGCUAGUAGUGGGAGGAGGUGGAUAUACGCCAAGGAAUGUUUCACGCUUAUGGUGCUAUGAAACUUCCGUCUUGAACGACUUGACACUAGAUCCGAAAAUUCCAAACUACAUACCUACAUAUGACUGGUUUGGUCCCGAUUAUUCGCUUCAUCCUCAAUUAGAUGGUCGGUUUGACAAUAAAAAUACUAAGAAAUACUUGGAAAGCGUCACUCAGACUAUUUUGGAACAGCUAAGGUAUCUAAAUCAUGCACCUUCUGUACAAAUGAAUGAAAUUCCGCCAGAUUUGACCGGCUUAACUGAAGAGGAGGAGAAUGUUAUCAAAGAGCUUAAUGAGGAGAACGACGAAACUAGACUGAUGAACAAAGUCAAAGACGAAGCCAGAAAUAAUGAACUUAUAGAUGUAUAA